CCCACAGCUGCUUCCGGUGCAGAUUCGUGCCAUGUUUUGCUUCUGUUUUUACCUGAGUUUAGUUUCAGAUUCAGUCUAGCCCCCUUUUACCUCACUUAUUUUCUGCCGUCAUGUCCCGGGGGUCGAGUGCGGGGUUUGACCGACACAUCACUAUCUUCUCCCCGGAGGGAAGGCUCUACCAAGUAGAGUAUGCCUUUAAAGCCAUAAACCAAGGCGGGCUGACCUCUGUGGCAGUCAGAGGGACGGACUGCGCUGUGGUCGUGACGCAGAAGAAAGUUCCUGAUAAGCUGUUGGAUGCCACGACAGUCUCACACCUGUUCAAAAUCACUGAGAACAUAGGCUGUGUUAUGACCGGCAUGACCGCCGACAGCAGGUCUCAGGUGCAGCGUGCACGGUACGAGGCGGCUAACUGGAUGUACAAGUAUGGCUACGAGGUCCCCGUGGACAUGCUGUGUAAACGCAUGGCCGACAUCUCCCAGGUCUACACCCAGAACGCAGAGAUGAGACCACUAGGCUGCUGUAUGGUAGUGAUCGGGAUGGACGAGGAGUUGGGCCCACAGCUGUUUAAGUGUGAUCCAGCCGGCUACUACUGUGGCUUCAAGGCCACAGCAGCUGGAGUGAAACAGACCGAGGCCACUAGUUUCCUGGAAAAGAAAGUCAAGAAGAAGCUGGACUGGACUUACGAGCAGGCUAUAGAGACGGCCAUCUCAUGUCUGUCUACUGUUCUGUCCAUCGACUUCAAGCCCUCAGAGCUAGAGAUCGGAGUCGUCACUGCACAGGAGCCCAAAUUCAAGAUUCUUUCAGAGGCUGAGAUCGAUGCUCACCUGGUGACUUUGUCUGAGAGGGAGUGAAGGGAGUUGGCAGCUGGUUAUGAAAAGGAUGAUAAACGGUAAACCCCAGAAAGCCAGAAGCAUCAGACACACAAAAGGUCUCAGCUAGGAGGAAGAUGAAGGAGGAGCUGAUAUCAUCUUCUUCAAAAAGAGAUGAACAGUAACACUUAAUGCCCCCCCGCCCGCCAAUGCUUCCUGGUCGCAAACAGGACAUGACAUCAUCCAUGUACCAAUCCCUCCUGUGUUUUCCUUCUGCAGCCAGCUGCUAAAUGUCUCAGAUCAUGGACGGGAUAUUCAGAUCAGUCCUUUACAUGAUACAUAAGUGUGACGUGGCAGCUGAUGUGAGAGACAGCCACAAGCCGCAGCUCAGCAGCUCAGCCCGAAUGACUUCACCUAAUGAGUGUGACAUGAGCAGAUUGGAAGAUGGAAGUGUGGUAACACUACAACUACAGCACAAUACCUCUUAAAUGUGGACUCAAUGGUCCUGUAGCUUCACUGUGUUCUGCAGUGCUUCCUGACCAUCUUUACUCAGGGCUGCCACUACAUGUGCGUCUCUUUUCUUCAACUUUUAAGCCUCCCAUCUGCACUGUCUUCAGUUUCACAGUGAUGUUUAUGGUCUCUGCUCAGUGAUAACCCAGGGAACAGCUGCGAGGAUUCUCCUAUAGCAGCAGUCAUUGUCACACUCCUGUUUAAAUUUGCUCAGGUCACUAGAAAGUCAGUGUUUUGAUCUGCCUGCCCUCUGCUGCAGCUGCUGUACUUCCACACUUCUAUUAAACACACACGUUUUAUUUAACACUGCA